AUGGGAGAAGCACAAGAACUGCAGCUCAGCAUCAUGGCUCAGGAAGCAAAUGAAGCAAGCUCACCAGGGCAUACAAAUAUUCCCGACCGGUCACUGCUUCCUCAGCGCAGAAGUUUCAACUGGUGGCUUAAAGUGGCCAUUUAUGCAUUCCUUGUCAUCGCUGGCCAGUCAGUUGCAACACUCUUGGGAAGAUUGUACUUCGAUAAAGGCGGCGACAGCAAAUGGCUGGCAACAGUGGUACAACUUUGUGGCUUUCCUGUCCUGCUUCCUUACUAUUGCAUCCCAGCAGCAAGCAGAAAUCCAAUCACAAAAAUAGUACUGUCCAAUUCAAACAACCGCCUAGCUUACCUUCCUGUGUCUACUUAUUCCCUCAUUUGUGCAUCCCAAUUGGCCUUCAAUGCGCUUUUCUCCUUCCUCCUCAACUCACAAAAGUUCACUCCCUACAUUGUCAAUUCUCUAGUUCUCCUCACCAUCUCCUCCACCCUCCUCGUGUUUCAAGGUGACUCUGCGGAUGACCCUAGUGGAGGAUCGAAAACAAAGUAUGCGAUCGGGUUCAUAUGCACUGUUGGGGCAUCAGCCGGAUAUGGAUUGGUGCUUUCCCUAACACAACUUGCCUUCAAAAGGGUUAUAAGAAAGGAGACAUUUAGAGUGGUCAUGGAUAUGAUAGUGUAUCAAGCUCUAGUUGCAACCUGUGUCAUCUUGGUCGGGCUUUUUGCUAGCGGAGAGUGGAAGGGUUUGAAGAAAGAGAUGGGGAUGUACAAACUAGGGACGGUAUCCUAUGUUAUGAAUUUGGUAUGGAUAGCUAUAACAUGGCAGCUUUUUGGUAUUGGCGUAAUAGGCUUGAUUUUGGAGGCCUCUUCCCUCUUCUCCAAUGCCAUAAGUGCUAUGGGUUUGCCUGUUGUUCCAGUUCUAGCUGUGAUCUUCUUCCACGACAAAAUGGAUGGAAUUAAGGCAAUGGCCAUGGUUUUGGCCAUUUGGGGCUUUAUUUCUUAUGCUUAUCAGCACUACCUUGAUGAUCGUAAGUCCAAGAAUGAGAACAAAAAUGUCAAUGUUGAAGUUUCUAAAGCUUCAUCACUGGAAAAAAUUAAUGGUUGA